AUGGCGAUCUUCACCACUUCAUCAAACUUGAAGAGGCAUAAGAAAACUCACUAUGGUGAUAAACCAUACAGGUGUGAUCAGUGUGAGGCGGCUUUUGCCCGGCAAGGUCAUUUGACGACUCACCAACGUCUUCACACUGGAGACAAGCCUUACAGAUGCGAUCAGUGUGGAGCGGCUUUUGCCCAUCAAAGUAACCUAACGACUCACCAACGUAUUCACACUGGAGACAAGCCUUACAGAUGUGAUCAGUGUGGAGCGGCUUUUGCCCAGCAAGGUCAUUUGACGACUCACCAACGUCUUCACACUGGAGACAAGCCUUACAGAUGCGAUCAGUGUGGAGCGGCUUUUGCCCAGCAAGGUAAUUUGACGAGUCAUCAACGUUUUCACACUGGAGACAAGCCUUACAGAUGCGAUCAGUGUGGAGCGGCUUUUGCCCAUCAAAGUAACCUAACGUCUCACCAACGUAUUCACACUGGAAACAAGCCUUACAGAUGUGAUCAGUGUGUAGUGGCUUUUGCCCAGCAAGGUGCUCUAACGACUCACCAACGUAUUCACACUGGAGACAAGCCUUACAGGUGUGAUCAGUGUGGAGCAGCUUUUGCCCAUCAAAGUAACCUAACGACUCACCAACGUAUUCACACUGGAGACAAGCCUUACAGAUGUGAUCAGUGUGGAGCGGCUUUUACCCAGCAAGGUGCCCUAACGACUCACCAACGUAUUCACACUGAAGACAAGCCUUACAGAUGUGAUCAGUGUGGAGCGGCUUUUACCCAGCAAGGUGCUCUAACGACUCACCAACGUAUUCACACUGGAGACAAGCCUUACAGGUGUGAUCAGUGUGGAGCAGCUUUUGCCGAGAAAGGUGAUUUGACGACUCACCAACGUAUUCACUCUGGAGACAAGCCUUACAGGUGUGAUCAGUGUGGAGCGGCUUUUACCCACAAAGGUACUCUAACGAGUCACCGACGUAUUCACACUGGAGACAAGCCUUACAGCUGUGAUCAGUGUGGGGCGGCUUUUGCCCGGCAAAGUCAACUAACGAGACACCAACGUAUUCACUCUGGAGAGAAGCCUUACAGGUGUGAUCCGUGUGGAGUUGCUUUUGCCCAGCAAGGUGCUCUAACGAGACAUCUACGUAUUCACACUGGAGACAAGCCUUACAGGUGUGAUCAGUGUGGAAAGGCCUUUGCCCUGCAAGGUGUUCUAGCGACACAUCAACGUAUUCACACUGGAGAAAAGCCUUACAGAUGCGAUCAGUGUGGAGCGGCUUUUGCCCGGCAAGUUCAUUUGAAGACUCACCAACAUAUUCACACUGGGGAAAAGCCUUACAGGUGUGAUCAGUGUGGGGCAGCUUUUGCCCGGCAAGAUCAUUUGACGAGACAUCAAUGUAUUCACACUGGGGAAAAGCCUUACAGAUGCGAUCAGUGUGGAGCGGCUUUUGCCCAGCAAAGUGCGCUAACGAGACAUCAACGUAUUCACACUGGGGAAAAGCCUUACAGAUGCGAUCAGUGUGGAGCGGCUUUUGCCGACCAAGGUGCUCUAAUGAGACAUCGACGUAUUCACACUGGAGACAAGCCUUACAGAUGUGAUCAGUGUGGAGCGGCUUUUGUCGAGCAAGGUGCUCUAACGAGACAUCAACGUAUUCACACUGGAGACAAGCCUUACAGAUGUGAUCAGUGUGGAGCGGCUUUUGCCCAGCAAAGUACUCUAACGAGUCAUCAACGUGUUCACACUGGAGACAAGCCUUACAAAUGCGAUCAGUGUGGAGCGGCUUUUGCCCUGCAAGGUCAUUUGACGAGACAUAAACGGAUUCACACUGAAUAAAAAGUGUACAUUUGUGAUCAGUGCUAAAAUCAUUUAUUUUGAGAGUUCAGUUAAAAGGCACCAAUUUAGUUUAGUUAAUUUAGUUUGAAAGAAAUAAUUCUGGUGGUUCGAUUGUGGGAAGGAUUUUGAAUAUUUUUUUAAAAAAGCAGCAGAUUCUUACAGCUGUAAGAGCUGUUCAGUUAUAACCAGAUUUGGAAA